AUGGCUGCGGCGGCCCUGGCCAGCAAGGCUGCGUCCACCGUGCCGCACUUUCGGUGGCUUGGCUCGGACCACCUUUCCAAGAAGGAGCGUGAGCGCAUGGCGCAGCUGUCCUCGCUGUGGCAGACUACCUUCUCCGACACAAUCCCCGUCCCGCCGCUCUUUACUUCCGACGACGGCUUUGAGGUGCUGGACAACGUGUCGGCGUACGAAAUGGUCGAAGGUGUGUCGGAUGGCCAGCUGCGCAACGAGUUCCUCCGCGACCACGUCGUGCCGCUCAUUGACAAGCUCUCCGAGUAUCAGCGCAACAACACCGGCCAUCGCCUCCGCGGCGCCUCGCGCAACUCACCGCGCAUCCUUUUCUGCCAGUCCAUGAAGGAGUGGCUCAUCUCGCUGACGCGCAAGUCGCGCCGCGACAUGGAUCAGGCCUUCCGCGACCAGGUCGCCGGCAUGCUCACCUUUGUCGAGUCUGUCUACCGCCUCGAGGUCUUCCCGGAUCCCACCAUCAAGGAUAAGCCGCGCAUCGAGGUCAUCCUCGUCGGCGUCCUCAUGCGCGGCCUCCGCCGCGACAUCCUCCCGCUCAUCGACGAGAUGCUUGCCCACCGCUCGACCCUCUCCGAGGUCGAGAACCUCACCGCCGAAGCUGCCCAGGUCAUGGUCCAGGGCAUCACCUUUUGCUGCCAUGUCUUCCGUACCACGCCCAACGUUGCCGACCGCUGCACCAUCGAAAACUUCCGUCAUCCGCUCACCCCCAACGUCAAGCGCAUGGUCUACUCGGCCUCGGGCCUCGUCCUCCGCGAGCUCUUCCGCCAGCCUACCGUCUCGCUCGCGUGGAACAUGACCGAUGUCGACAACCCGGGCGCCGGCGAGGAGGGCUCUUCAAUCACCGACCUCAUCGCCGACGCAGACUUCAACACCUAUCUGUUUGUCGACGAAGACGGCAACGCCGUCAUUCCAGACUCGCUCUUGCCCACCUCCAACGACACCGUCGCCGGCUCAGGCCUGCCCGACGCCAAGGCCAAGGACCUCUCGGUCCCCAUUCGCUACUUUCAUCAGACAAAGUUCCGCACCUUUGACCGUACCACCUCGUCGGCCGUUGCCGAGGCCGAGGACAUCGACGAGUUCUGGCGUCACGACGAUGGUGCCGGCGACGCCGACUGGAUCGAUGCCCUCGAGGACUCGGACUCGGCCGCAGGCUCCGACUCGGACGCGCCUGGCGCCUCGCGUGCUCACGACUCGCUUGACUCGGACGAUGAGAGCAACUAUGCCGUCGGCUCGGACGGCAUCCGCUACAAGAUGUCGCAAAAGGAAAAGGCCAAGGCCGAAAAGGCCUCCGCCAAGGCAAAGGCCAAGGCUGACAAGGCCCGCGCCAAGGCCGACAAGGCCGCCGCCAAGGCCGCCGCCAAGGAGGCCAAGGCCCGCGCCAAGGCCUCCGCCAAGGUUAAGAAGCUCAAAGGCAAGGCUAAGCGCAAGUACAUCAACGAGCUCCGCAUCGAGGACGAGAAGCGCAAGGCAAAGGUUGCAAAGGAAGAGGCCAAGGUGACCAAGCUGGAGGAAAAGUCCAAGGCUGCAGAGGUUGCUGCGCUCAAGAAGCAGCUCGACAAGCGCGACAAGGCCGUUGAGACGGUCCGCGGUAAGCGGACCGGCAUCUGCGAGCUCUUCCUCAUGCCCAAGAACGAGCUCGCCCUCAACGCCUUUAUCAAGCUCCACGGCCUUCUCCAUCAGCUCUCCGCCAUGGUCGUCCUCCUCUCGCAGACUCGCCAGCUCUUCAAGCUUGGCGGCGAGCUGCUCGUGUUUGGCCCGGCCAAGCAACAGUUCCUCUUUCUCCUCGAGUCGCUCACCUCGGUCUCGACCUCGAUCAAGGAGACCAUGCGCGUCAUCGAUGUGACGGCCUCGCGCGAGCUCCUUCUCAUUGUCUCGACCCGCUCACUUCGCGGCAAGUACCGCUCGUGGCGAAACAACUACGCCAUUGCCGUCUCGGCCUACCACGACGUCCGCAAGGCGUUCUCUGUCAUGCAUGGCCUCAUCAACUCGAUCAUUCGUCAGGCCGCCGUGCCCUUCAAGGAGCGCCUCAUCGAGGCCCGUCGCGAGACCAACCAGUUCAUUGCAGACGUCAAGUCGUUCUGCUCCCGCCUCGACACUCGCCUCCUCGACUUUGACCGCUCAUCUAACACCGUUCGUCCGCGUGGCCUCCUUACCUCGAUUCCGUCGUAUGGCAUCUCGCCCGAGGACUCGGUGCAGGCCCUCAUGUCAGCUAUCGAUCCGGUCGUUUUGCCCUCGUUUGAGGAUGCCUCGCCCACCGACGCUGUCCAUACCCUCGACUUUGCCGGCAAGAUGUACUCGGACCGCGAAGUCUCGCUCAUCUCCUCGCUCAUCAACGCCAAGUCGGCGUCCAUGCAGUCCAUCUACCUUCAGGGCAACGCCUUUACCGCCCAUGGUAGCACGCCGCUCAUCCAUGCUCUCGUUCGCUGUCCGGCCAUCCGCCACCUCGACAUCUCCAAGUUCCGCCUCGCAGCCGACGGACCCGGCCGUCUCGCCUCGUGGAUCUACGAGUCCAAGUCCCUCCACCGUCUCAUUCUCCGCGACGUCAACUUGGACGCCAACGCCACAUCGGCCCUCAUCUCGGUCCUCGGCGACCUUGCUCACCUCAAGCACCUCGACCUCUCCGGCAACCAGAUCUCACCGGGCGCCAUGUCGCUUCUCAUCCGCUUCAUCGACGACGACACGUUCCAGCUCGAAACCCUCGGCCUCGCCCGGACCACCUACCGCUCCGACUACUACGGUUUUGACUCGGAGGUUGUCGACGGCACCCCUGUCGUCGGCCUCUCCCAGCACAACGAGCCCGACGACGACGACUACGACUCGUACGAUUCGGACUCGGACGUGUCCUCUUCAAGCUCGUCAUCGUCGGGCACGUCAUCGUCGAGCUCGUCCUCAUCGUCGUCGGGCUCGUCGUCGUCGGGCUCGUCGUCGUCGGGCUCGUCGUCGUCGUCGUCGUCGUCAAGCUCGAGCUCGUCGGCGCCCAAGCCCAAGAAAAAGGCUGCCGCCAAGGCAACCAAGACCAAGGCCACCAAAGCUGCGGCGGCCAAGUCGGUUGUGGUCCAGAGCACAGGCGCUAGCCGUCUGCCAGCCGCCGCCCUCGCCGCCGCACCGCGGGGCCAAGUCCGCGGGCUCGCGGGCUCGUCGUCGUCGCGGCAGACUGCGCUCGCCACGCUCUCGCCCGAGUGGCUUUCGGUGUGGACGAGCUUUGCGCAGAUGAUGGAGCGGAACAUCUCACUGCGGACGCUCAUUCUCGACGACAACCUUAUUCCGGAGCGCGGGCUCACCGACCUUUUCACCGCGCUCACCGGCGGCAAGGCAGGCAUGCGGCUGACCGGCCUCUCGCUCGAGUCGCUGGAGAUUGGGCGGCCCAACUCGCCGCUGGUCACCAAGCUCGGCUCGGUCCUGCGCCAGUCGACUUCAAUCACUGCCCUCAACCUGGCGGCCAACAGCAUCACCGACGACGCCUUCCGCAUCCUCGCCAUGGCCAUCUCCGACAACUCGGGCUCCAACUUGGCGUACCUCUCGCUUAACGACAACGUGCUCUCGGACGCAGGCAUGACCUAUCUUGCCACCGCCAUCACUAACUCGCGCUUUAUCUCCAUCUCGCUGGAGGACAACCCCAUCGGCGACGCAGGCAUCAAAGCCCUUGCGCCAGCCGUCGCCGAAAAGUCGUCUAUGCGCUACCUGCAUCUCGGCAACAACGGCUUGUCCCGCAAGGGUCACAAGGCCGUCGAGAAGCUCUUCUCCUCGCACCCCACCCUUUCUCGCGACAUGGUCUUCAACACCGAUGCAAGUCCCGGCACCACCGCCGUCGCCAAGCGCUCGCGGACCGCCGAUCUCGCUGCAGGCGACUCGCGCCGCGGCUCCGAAGUCGUCGCCAUCGACGAGACCGGCAUGGCGCACUCGUCGAACAUGCAGCCCGAAGCCGGCCAUAACUGCGUCUUGCAGUAA